AAAAUGCAGUUAAAAACCACAAUUUACACUUAGUUGUUAUUAUAGAUAGAGCCUGACCUCCCUGGGUGGGACCGGGUGGGCAUUGACAACUCCAGAACUACGAGCCAUCCGGAGCCAUCUCCAAACCCUUUAAUAAAUAGGUACCUAGUUAUGCUAAGGAGUAACUGCGAAGGAUUACAGUAAUGUAGAUUUUGAUUUGUUUGCCUAGCAGAACUCCAGCCAGGACGCUAAGUGUCCUAUGCAUGCACCACUCCGCCUUGGUCUUGGUCACCCUCCCAGAUCUAGAAAUUUCGUGAAGCCUGAAAUCCCAUUGUUUCUGGAUUUGUCAACAACUCUUAUGAUCCUGGUUUCCCACCUUCCCACCUGACUCGCAAGCCGGGAAGUAGAGCCCGGGACCGAGCAGCUAGUCCCUGAGAUGACAGACGGGGGUGUCUCAAUCUGGAAGAAGUGCUGUUGGGUAGGAGUCCGCCUCAGCUCCUAUGGGGUGGCGCGGUCCGGGUCAUUGUCAUUUGGAGAUGUGACUGUAGAUUUCACCCAGGAGGAAUGGAAGCACCUAGACCCUUCUCUGAGGAUGCUGUAUAGGGAUGUGAUGCUGGAGAACUACCACAAUCUUGUCUCAGUGGGUUAUUUCACUACCAAGCCAGAGGUAAUUUUCAAAUUGGAGCAAGGAGGGGAGCCAUGGAUAUUAGAAGAAGAAUUUCUAUACCAGACCUGCCCAGAAGACUGCAAGGCUCAUGAUCUAACAGAGAGAAUCUUGGAAAGCCAAGACAAAUAUUUGCCACAAGUUGCAUUCAGCAAUAAAACACUGACUUCUAAGAAAGUGGCACAAACUUUGUCAAGAAAAAUUCCCUGUAAAUAUGACUUGUAUAGAAUGAGUUUGCAAAAUAUUUCAAUAUCAAUUGUUAGUAAUAGAAGCUCUACAAGAAAGAAUCCUGAUAUAUUAAGUGUACAUGAGAAAUUACUUGAUGUUAAGAGGAAGAAGCCUCAUACUUGAGGGGAUUCUUAUGAAAAUAAUCAAAAUGAAAAAGCCCU